AUGGCGUGCCGGGCGGUCGUCGCGAUCGGGUCGAACCAGGGCGACCGCGUGGACCUCUUCCGCCGAGCGCUGCGUCUGCUGAACGCCGCUGGCAUCGUCGUCGAGCGCCACUCGUCGCUGUACGAGACCGCGCCCGCGUACGUCGCGGACCAGCCCGUCUUCCUGAACGCCGCGUUCGUCGCGCGCGUGGACGACCCGGACGUCGGGGCCGAUCCGAUUAAACUCCUCGACGCGCUCAAGCGCGUGGAGCGAGAGCUCGGGCGCGUCGACGGCGGCGUUCGAUUCGGGCCGCGACCGAUCGACCUGGACAUCAUCUUCCACGGCGGCGGCGCGGUGAAUCGCGAGCGCCUGACCGUGCCGCAUCCGAGGUACCGCGAGCGCGGAUUCGUCCUCGCGCCGCUCGCGGAUCUGGACGUGGAUCUGGACGCGGAUUCCGACGCGGAUGAUUCCGACGCCGACGCCGCCGCCGCCGCCGCCGACGCCGACGCGACGUCCUCCUCAUCCUCCUCCUCCUCCGACCGCGUCAUAUCUCGUAGCCUUCGCACCGCGCGCGCGAUCUGGUCCGCCGCCGGCGGCGAGCGUAACGUCGGCGGCGACGAGAUGCGGCGCGUGAUGCCGCUGCGGGACGGGCUGUGGAGCUGGAAAGACGACGACGCGGCGGUGAUGGGCGUCCUCAACGUCACCCCGGAUUCGUUCAGCGACGGCGGCGCGCUGAAUACCAGGGUUAACCGUAACGGCGACGAUGCGGACGUUACAUCAAAAUCCGCUGUUGACCUGGACGCGGUCGUGCGCGCGGCGAGGCGGAUGGCGGACGACGGCGCGAUGUUCCUGGACGUCGGCGGGCAGUCCACGCGCCCGGGCGCGACGCGCUCCGCGCGCGUCGUCCCCGCCGUCGCCGCCGUCGUCGCCGCGUUCGCGUCGGACGUCGCGCGCGGCGCGCGCGCGUUCGCGCCGUACGUAUCCGUGGACACCUUCUACGGCGCUGUCGCGACGCGCGCGGUGGAGGCGGGCGCGGACGUGAUCAACGACGUCAGCGCGGGGUCGUUGGAUCCGGAGAUGCGCGCGGCGGUCGCGGCGUUGCCGUUCCCGGCGCCCUACGUCGCGAUGCACAUGCGCGGCGACCCCUCCGACAUGCAGUCGACUUCGAACGUAACGUACGCGGAGGGCGACACGUGCGGCGUCGUGGGGAUCGAGCUCGCGGCCGCGGCGAGGAAAGCGGCGAAAGCGGGGAUCGAGCCGUGGCGGCUGUGGCUCGACCCGGGGAUCGGAUUCGCGAAGACGGCGAGAGGGUGCGCCGAGCUCACCGCAGACUUGGGCGCGGUGCGAGACGGCGUGACGCGAGGCGGCGGCGGAGGCGUGACGCACGCGCCGAUGCUGUACGGCGCGAGCAGGAAGGGUUUCUUAGGGGCGUUGAUAGCGAGGGGGGACGCGAGGGGAGACGCGGGGGCGGCGGCGGCGCCGCCGAGCGCGUGCGACGUCGCGACGUCGGCGGCGAACGCCGUCGCCGUAGCGCAGCCGCGCGGCGCGGAUGUCGUGCGCGUGCACGACGUCAAGCACGCCGUGGACGCGGUCAAGGUCGCGUCGGAGAUGCGCAGAGCGCGUCGGGAGCGCGAGAGAGAGGCGGCGGCGCGCGGCGCGGCGAGGGAGUCGAAGUCGUUCGCGUCGGGCGAUUCGGGGUACUAG